AUGGCAAAGCUCAAAGGCAAAGGCAGCAGCUCAAGAAGGAUGAAGAAAGACCCUAGCAAAGUAAUCUGUUUUAAUUGCAAGGAAAUGGGGCAUUUCAAAUCUGACUGUCCUAAGUUGAAAAAGGAAGAAAAGCCGAGAAAAGGAAAGAAGAAAAGACUAAUGGCCUCAUGGGAAGAGUUGGAAAACGACUCAGAUGAUGAUGAUGAAGAAUCAGAAACCAAAUCUCAAAAAUGUCUUAUGGCAGAUCAUGUAAAUCAGGUAGUCUUUCAUAACCCUGACACUGAAGAUCUUCAUCUUAUGAUAGACCACCUUUCUGAAAAAAUAAGAUGCUUUCUGCUGGAAAAUCAAGAACUUGAACAACAAAUCACCAUUCUUCAAGCUGAAAACAGUUUUCUAAAAGAAAAAGUGAGAGAGGCCGAAACUGCUUGUGAUCUUGUUGAAGAGAAUAAGCAGUUAAGAGCCCAAGUGUGCCUAGCAUCCAAAAGAAAGGAGAACAUGUGGUAUAUGGACAGCGGAUGUUCUAGGCAUAUGACCGGAAAGACAACAUUCUUCAUAAAGCUAGAUGAUACUGUGAGAGAUAAUGAUUCAGAUGAAGAAGGAGCUGGAACAAGCAAAGAAAAUCCCAAAUCUGUCCAGAAUGAAGAAUCUGCCAUUCCAGUUUGGUCUCGUCAAAUUGGAGGAGAAACUUCCGUUUUGUCUCCUGAGCAGGCACGAGCAACUGAAACAGUAAGACCACCAGAAGUUCACCAAAGAGUAACAACAAGAUCAUCCACCAAAAGGUCAACCGAACCUAGCAAUCUUGCUCUCUUGUCGCAAAUAGAGCCCAACAAUGUCAAACAAGCUCUUGAGGAUCCAUCAUGGGUCAAAGCAAUGCAAGAGAAGCUCGCUCAAUUUGACAAAAAUAAGGUUUGGACAUUAGUACCUCAUCCGGAUGGCCGAGGCAAGAACAAGAAACCUGUAGUUGAAGAAGAAGAGCAAGAGUCUCACACUUCUCCCACUCCUUCACCUCCACCCUCAUCACCGAAGAAGUCUACCCCCGGAAAAAGCUCACAAAAGAAUCAGGGGUUUGCACUCAAUGACACUACUGAACCUCCAAACUUGGAAUCCAUGGAAUUCCGAGACAAGUAUGGCAAGACUCACUCUCAUUUUGAUCCAAGCAGAUUUAACUCCUGUACCUCUUUUGAGUUUCACAAAGAGGUUAUGGAGAAGCGUCAUUUGUGCACCACCUAUCUUGUCAGUCUCGAAAAUCUCAAGAAUACCAACAUUUCCUCUCUGUUUGAACUCCUCAACUGGAAGCCUCUGCUCCUCAUCAAGAAACCAGUCUACCCAGGUCUUGUUCGAGAGUUUUAUGCUAAUAUGAGACUUAUUGACGGCACCCUUCAUUCCUAUGUCAAAAGGGUUCAAAUAGCCCUUGAUGCUGAGACAAUUGGAGCGGCCCUGGGCUUCAAGGAUGAAGGACCGCGAGCAUACAUGGUGGAGAAAUGGGACACACAAGUCGGCGUUUCUCACAAAACUGUUUUCCAGCACAUUUGCACAAACCUUUCCGGAUUGCAUGGAACCACUCCAACUCACAAAGCUCUUGGACCAGUCAAUUCCUUGCUUCACCGAAUCAUCACUCAUAUUCUGACUCCCCAAAGCGGCUCACACAACCGAGUAACAUUUUCUGACUGUCUCAUAUUGUUUGCUUUGGUUACCUCUACCCCUAUUUCCUUUGGUUACAUCAUGAUUAGGCACAUGUGGGAUUCUGUUAGAAGCACCAGAAAGGCUAACCUGCCUUAUGGUAUGUUUUUAACUAGAAUCUUUGAGUACUUUAAAGUUGAUUUGUUAAAUGAGAAGGUAGAAAAUGAGGUGUCUACAAUCCGAGAAGGAGGAGCAACUAAGGAAACCAAAGGGCAAAAAACUGCAUCGGAUAGUGACCAUGAAAGCAGGCCAGAAUCUACCAAGACAAUCAGAUCCAUCCAACAGAUUUUGGGAGAAUUUUCAAACAUGGCAGACAUGAUGUUUCGAUCUCACAAAGAGGCCCGCAAGCAAGCUUAUGAGAGUGAGAAAGCUUGGAAAAACUGCAAAGAAAGAGUCAACCUGAUGCUGGAACAUCUUACUAAGGAUUUGGGAGAUGAUACCACCGCCGCCAGCCGCCCGCCGUCGUCUUCUUCGUCUCACCGCCGGACACCUAUUCUGAAGUCUGAAGGAACAGAACAGACCCGCGGCUCCGCUUCGUCCCUGUUUCUCAUCGCCGUCACCGUUUCCGCGCCGUCGCCCUCGCCGUUGCCUCGCCGUUGCUGCGCCGUCGCCCUCGCCGUUGCCUCGCUCUUCUGCUCUGUCAAACAGCAUCCCGAUCAGCCUGUGGAUCAGGUGGACCCUAAACUUGAGCCUACGGAAGAGCAUAUGCUAGAGCCUAUACCGGAAGAGGAUAUCACUGUAGAGCAGAUCACAGUAUCUUCAUCUGAGCCGUCAUCUGAGGAGCCGCUCACCGCCUCCAUUAGUGGACCGACGAGUUGGUCAGACCAGUAG